AUGGCUGACGACGACUCUUCCGAUCUUUCAUCCAUCUCAUCGCUAUCGGCCCCUCCGACCGAUGAUGAAGCCGACAUCCAGGUGGAACGCCAUCAGGGCAUCUUGAAAUUCUUCCACAAAGUCGACAAAAACCCGGCCUUGAACCCACCCAGGGAGACAACGCCACCGCGACGCAAGAGAGAGCCUUCCCCCCCUCAUGAAUACGUUUUAGCCGAUAAUCCUGAUAUUGCCUUCAUUGUUAUGUUCCGUUCCCGAUUCACCGAAGCGUUUCCGAAAAGCCUGGCCAAUUUCGGACCCCAAGAGCUGGAGCGUGACGUGGUCGAGACUAUCCCAGGCGAGCGCGUCGAAAACUUUCUCUGCGCGCUGCUUGGCCUUUUGCUUAAUCGCAAACAGGACGUCAAAGCCGGUCAUUAUGGACGCGCCCUCGAAGAAGCUAUUCAGUCGCACAAGAGUCAAUGGGCAAAGGAGUGGGAGGGUCAGAACCCUCUUGCUGGAGGUGCCACCUUUACCUCCAUGACCCCAGUACAACGGCUUGCUCUCCUACGCACGCUGAUCCAUUGGUCCCUUGCGUCCUCCGAGGUCGUCAAAACUAUGAUCAAUAAAAACUACAGGACCCGCCACGAAGACGAUUUGAAUGUCGGUGUCAGUGUCCAACCUUGGGGAACCGACGGCGACAAACGGAGAUACUACCUGAUCGAGGGUAACGACGACACGCAUUUCCGAGUAUAUAGGGAGAGCAAUCCCGCAGGGCACACACGAACAUGGUGGAGCGUUGCCGGUAACAUCGAAGAGCUGAAGCUGCUUGCCGAGAAGCUUGAAAAGAACGACGGAGGACCCAAGGCCCGAGCCCUGGCCAAGAGAAUCACCAAUAGCAUUCCGCGAUUCGAAGCAACCGAGGAGAAGCGCAGACGAAGAGAGUACCGGAUCAUGCGCAAGGAGCAAUUCAAGCGCCCGGAGCCCGGUCUUUCACUGUACGAGGGCCGCACCCGCGGCAAGCGCAUGAAGUACACCUUUUCGGACGACGAGGACGACUUCUAUACGGAUUCGACCGCGACCCGGCGGUCCGCCAGGAACACCAGGAACCACACCCCCGCCGAGCCCGCCGGCCCCAUCACCACCGCCAGCGGGCGGCAAGUAAGAGCACCCACCCGGUUCGAGACGACGGCCAGCAAUCCUGCCAGUGCCCAAGGCGACGAUGAUGUUGAGAUGACGGGAGGCGUCGCUGACGCGAAGAAUGGAGACCAAGUAGAGCUCACAGUUGGACCCACAGGCCGCCCGAGACGAUCAGCCGCCGUACAUCACAGCAUGAACGGAUGGAGCUCUGCCGCCACCACCACCAGUAAGAAGAAGCGCAGCAAGGACGAUGAAUACGAUUCCGAGGACGAGGACGAGGCUAGUGACGAACCGGACUUUGGCGACGAUGAGGAAGACGAGCAUGUCCCGGCCGCUGACGACGAAGAGGAGGACGAAGAGGACGAAGAGGAGUAUGAGGAAGAUGCAGACAUGGCGGACGAGGACGAUCUCGAUGAUGGUGGCGAUGCCAAGGAUGACGAUGAUCACGACAACAGCCUCGUGUUCAAGUUCCCCAUCCGCGUUGGCUUCGAUGAGAAUGCCAAAGUCACCAAAAUUGAUGGUCCGACCCCCUCGCCAACGAUUACUCACAAGCAUCCCCGGACGGCACACAGGAAUAUCGUGGUGAGCGAGCAGGCGAUUCCCGCACAGUCUCGAGGUCAGUCGGUCGGCGAUGGUAAGGAGAACGAUGUCCCCAUGGUGGACGCGGAUGAUGAGCCAGCAGCCAAGGAGGAGAUCGUUGCGAUCCCGCUCAAGAAAGCAACAGCCGAGCCCCUGGUUGAGAAAGGCGGUGGUGGUAUCAAACGUCCCUUAUCACCGCCCCCGGGCCUGGGUCCGCCCGGAGGACAGCAGGGUUUACCGAUUAGGAGCCCUGAGAAACCUCAACCUCAACAGCUUGUUGGCCUCUAAAUGAGCUGUUGACAAGUGUCAGAGCAUUUUCUGUUACGUAUGGGUAGCCACGGUUUAGUUUUCUGUACCCUUCUAUUGUUAGGUUAUGUUGGAAUUCAGUCACGGGUGAAGUAGGGAGUUCUGGGUGUACAAAACAUGGAUGAGCAGUAUCGCGAUGCACGAAACUAUGUUCUGUCAAUCAAGAUUACGUUAUGAUUCGCGACUAGGAAGAAAAAAAAGACAAGUGGAAGGGAUCAGUAGGCUUAGUUGUGGGUGAUAGUUUUCGAGUCUUCGUUACUUGGAAGCGAACAGAACUGACAUCUCUAACGAAAACUCGAAGGGGAGCUUCAGAGGGAACGGAGUAAGAAUGAAGUGUGUGCCACGCAAGACGGGUGAAGCAAUUAGACCAGCAAUUAUAUGGUUAUGAUAGCAUC